AUGAAGGGUUUCCGGCAAAGGGUCUCUGAACAGCUUUCUCGAAGCAAGGAUGGAAAGUCGUCGAAGAAGAAGGACUCAAACUCGGGCACUGCUUCGCCGUCGCUCGGUGCCUCGAAUUCUCCCUCAGGCUCCGCCCAGGCCACUCCUUCCUCAUCACAGACGCAGCUCACCGACGCGCGAAGCAAGAGCCAGCCCGCUACUGAUGGCGCCGCAGCCCACCUCGGGUCGCUACAACAGAACCAGCAGCCUUCGUCGGGCUCUCUAGCAGGCGGACAGCAGUCAUUUGCUGGACAGGGCCUGAUGGGUCCUGGCAAUGCUGGUGCUGCAGGUCCAGGCACGCCUUCUAGGCUUGGGCAGCCCCUAGCGCCGAGCGUCGUCAUCAGCCCGAGCGCUCCUCACGUUCCCCCUCCUGGCGCUGCCGAGACCAUGCCUGGCGACCUUGCGCCUCCAAAGGCGGGACAGAAGUCGGGCAUAUUCGACCGUCUUCAAGCGACCCCCAAGGACAAUAUCGAGGGUAUAAGGACUCCAAAGAGGCAGCAUUCGUCACGCUUUGACAUUUCCGAUCAGCGUCAACGUGAACUGGAGAAGCUACCUGGAUUCCAUGAGGUACCUCCAAACAAGCGGGAGGAACUGUUCAUGCAGAAGAUCGACCAAUGCAACAUCAUCUUCGAUUUCAACGACGCCAGCGGCGAUAUGAAGUCCAAAGAGAUCAAGCGCCUGGCCCUGCACGAGCUGCUCGACUACGUUGCCAACAAUCGCCAGGUGAUAACAGAGAAGAUGUAUCCUCGCGUCGUGGAGAUGUUUGCCAAGAAUUUGUUCCGGCCCAUUCCACCGCCCAUGAACCCCCAGGGCGAGGCUUUUGACCCCGAAGAAGACGAGCCUGUGUUGGAGGUUGCGUGGCCGCACAUUCAAGUCGUCUACGAAUUCUUCCUGCGCUUCAUUGAGAGCCAGGACUUCAACACAAACAUUGCCAAAGCAUACAUAGACCACAGUUUUGUGCUCAACCUACUUGAGCUUUUCGAUUCCGAGGACCCCCGAGAACGCGACUUUUUGAAGACGACGCUUCAUCGUAUAUACGGCAAAUUCCUAAACCUCCGCUCCUACAUUCGUCGGUCCAUCAACAAUGUCUUCUUCCAAUUCAUCUACGAGACGGAACGAUUUAACGGAAUUGCCGAGCUUCUCGAAAUUCUCGGCUCCAUCAUUAACGGUUUUGCUCUGCCCUUGAAGGAAGAGCACAAGCUUUUCCUGACAAGGGUGCUCAUUCCACUGCACAAGGUAAAGAGCCUGAGUAUGUAUCAUCCACAGCUGGCGUACUGCAUUGUCCAGUUUCUAGAGAAGGAUGCAGCUUUGACAGAAGAGGUUGUUUUGGGUCUUCUCCGAUAUUGGCCCAAGGUGAACAGUACCAAGGAGGUCAUGUUCCUGAACGAAGUUGAAGACAUUUUUGAGGUCAUGGACCCUGCUGAGUUCGCAAAGGUGCAAGAGCCUUUGUUCAAUCAAUUAGCCAAGUCGGUCGCCAGCCCCCACUUCCAGGUUGCAGAGCGAGCACUCUACUUCUGGAAUAACGAAUACUUCUGCAAUCUUGUCAGCGACAACGUCGAGGUCAUUCUGCCAAUCAUGUUUGCACCAUUGUACGAAAACUCAAAGGGCCACUGGAACCGAACAAUUCACGGUAUGGUAUACAAUGCUAUGAAGCUAUUCAUGGAAGUCAAUCCUCAGCUCUUUGACGACUGCUCGCACGACUAUGCUGAAUCGCAAAACAAUGCGACACAAAGGCAGCAAAGUCGACAAGAUCGCUGGGACAGAUUGGCCAAGCUCGCAGAAUCACGCGCAAAUGGCACGGCAGAGAAGUCAUCAGGGCGCGUGGACGAUUCAGCUCAAGGACGACUGGAAAACCUCCGUCUUCAGGACGACGGGGCGACAUCGAGAGACAGGCGGCCGAAAGAUUAUGAGCGUCAAGGCAGUCAAACCUCGGUACGUUGA